AUGACAACAGGAAAGAUCAAAUUAACUUCUUCCGAAGGUACCGAAUUUGUGAUAGAUAAGGACGUUGGUGAAAAAUCAAUCUUGUUGAAGAAUAUGCUGGAGGAUGUCGGUGAAAAUGAUAUGGCGAUCCCUUUACCAAAUGUCACUGGACCUAUUCUCACUAAAGUGAUCGAAUACUGCACACAUCAUCGCGAUGAUCCUGUCAUCACCCAAGAUGAUGACAGCAAGAAAACCAGUGAUGAUAUUGAUGAAUGGGAUAGUGAAUUCUGUAAAGUUGAUCAAGGGACAUUAUUUGAACUAAUAUUGGCUGCUAACUAUCUUGACAUUAAACCACUUCUUGAUCUUACCUGCAAGACCGUAGCAAACAUGAUCAAAGGUAAGUCACCCGAGGAAAUACGUAAAACAUUUAAUAUAACAAAUGAUUUUACGCCUGAAGAGGAAAUGCAAGUUAAACACGAGAACGAAUGGUGUGAGGAAAGAACUACGUAA